AUGGUGCGCCUCAUCCAGGCGGACCUGCUAGCCUUGCUGGCUUAUCUCGUUGUGCCCGUAUGCACGCAAUGGACACCGGGACCGGGCGCCUCUGCGUAUCUGACCAGUCCCAGCUGGCGUUCCGACACCACGGCCCAGGGCACACACACCAUCUUCAACGUUGCCGGCUUCAACACCAGCUAUCCCAUCCUAAACAACGACUACUACUACGACCACAGCCCCUUCUUCACAGAUGCCAACUACAUCAAUGUGGCUGGCAAUGCCGACGCGGUCGUUCACAACUUUUCACGUUUCUCGCUAGACGACGCUCGCUACCACGCGGAGCCCGGCAAUGGUAGUGCCUCUGCUACCCUGCAAACGCUCCGCUACCUAUUUCGUCUUGGAGCACCCGGUUCAAGCUAUGAUCGCAGCCAACUGCAGUCAACCCACGACUACCUCGAACUUUACGUGACGCUCUUCCUGUCCUCGGGUGUCUCCCAGCGUCUUCUCAUGUUCUUGGCCGAGGGUGCUGAUGACUCCCGCUUCGUGGUCAAGCAACCAGCAAGCCUGGCUGGCCUGGUCUUUGCACCAAACCAGCCCGCGUCCCGCCUCAGCCUUGCCACCAGCGUGCCAGAGACGCUUACUCACCUCCAAUUCACUCUUGUGUACCGAUCUACCGGUUACCAGGAGCUCCUGGUCUUUGGAGAUCUCGCCGUGCUUGCCUGCACGACUCGAGGCUGCCCUUGCUAUCCCGGCGAGUAUUUUGGUGCCAAUGGCUGCACACGCUGUCCUGCGGGCCGCUUCACGGCCGAGUGGAACGCCUCUAGCUGUGGCCCCUGCCCUGGCGACCUUGUUCCCAACGAUGAUCGGACCGGGUGUCGCUGCCCACCCUCGAUGGUGCCUGCUCACCCCGGAUCAGACACCACCUGCGCGCCCUGUCCAGCAGGAACGCGCCAACACUACAUAGGCACAACCUGCUUUCCUUGCAGCACGGGCACGUUUUCAGCAACCACGGGUGCCACGUCAUGCAGUCCCUGCACACCGCCUGCGGAACAUCCGCAGGAACCCUGCCCACCCGGUCAUCUCUUUCUUAAUUGCACUGCUUCUCACGACCGAGGGUGCCGAGAUGUUACGCCGCCGACACCUGUGCUGGUGGGCCGCGAGCAGCUGCAGCUGGUUACAAAACGUGUGGGCAAUUACACGAUCGAAUUCUGGGCUUUGGAUGCGACUGGCAAUGCUGGCGUGGCGCAAGUGCUUGUGCUUGUCAUAGAUACCACUGCGCCAAUGAUAUCGUUGUGCAACGGAACCCGCCUCACCAACGGCACCCGCUGGUGGAUUCGCGCUGGCGAACCCGUUGCCCCACAGCUAUACGAUGUCUGUGCCUAUGACAUGACCCCGAGUCGCCCCCUUGUGCGCUCAUUCGGAGACAUGAUACCUUUGCUGCCAAAACAACUCCCAGCCAAUUUUUCUGUUCGCUACGUGGCACAAGAUGACGUGGGGCAUGUCACCAUUGUCAUCGUCACGGUGACCAGCCACGAUCGAAUACCACCCGAGCUUCGCCUUGUCGGCUCGGCGGACCUGCACGUGGAGGCUCAGCGCCAUGACGACUCGGCCUUGAUCUGGGAAGACCCUGGGGCCACCGCUUUGGACGCCGUGGAUGCCAUGCUCCACCCGAAAGCACCACCACCCGCUGUACAACGGGACAUCAUGAGUGUAUCUUGGGGACCGACAGACGUGACGGGACCUGGUUGGUCGUGUCCGACCUUUUUCGAACCUUGGCAUGUCGCAAGCGACACGCCGUCCAUGUCCUCCACAACAAUAGGGACACCACUGACAUCAGCCACGACCCAGGCGCUCAAUUCGAGCACCGCCCUUCCCCUUCAAGUGCUGCUGUCUGCCCCUCCCGGGACCGUGUACCAAAUUCGCUAUUCUGCCCGCGACCUGACGGGCAACGUCGCCACGGUCCAUCGGGUUGUCACCAUUCAGGAUACCCAAGCGCCCGUCUUUCAUGUCACCAGCCAUUUGAUCUGGUGGCAUACUGAUGAGGCACCAGGGAUGCACCUCCCAAGCUUGAGCGUCGUGGAUGCAGUUGAUGGGCAUCUCGAAGCAGCAGUGUGCGUGCGUGCAGCGCGCUUCUUGCCCGAACCCGCGGUGCCUCAGCCCCUAGUCGUGGCUGGACGAAUUCCAGUUGAUUAUUCUGUUUCUUUGCGCAAUGUGACCCCGGCGGCGCCAGCGGGCACGCUUUUUCAGCUCGAGUAUCUUGUUGCAGAUGCCCUUGGACAUUUGGCAUGGACCCAGCAAUUGGUGGCUGUGGUGGACGUGCGAGCACCCCUCGUUGUCUUGCGCGGACCCACCAUCACCCAGGUCCCCUAUGGAACGCAAUUCCGCGAACCUGGUUUUGUGGCGGCUGUAGGGGUCACCGUGACCGUGUCUGGCCUUGAGGAGCUGGAUGUGUACCAGCCUGGCCGCUAUGAGCUACUGUAUGGGACCCUUGGCCGAGCGGUGGCGACGCGUUGGAUUGACGUGGCCGAGUACAAGCGUCCAGCAGAGGAGGCCGUCGUCCGGCUGGAGCUGGAACGCAGCGUCGCUGCUGAUACGCGGCGUCUAUCUGAAUUGGUGCAGUCGGCGUUGCCCGACUGGGGCUACAUCAUCCUCAAUGACUGGCAAACAAACGGCAAGCGCCGCCGUGCACUCUCCAACAUCCUGGAGCUGAGCGUGCGACGCAGGGACUCGAACUUCACUUCAGUCCCAGGCACGACCAUCGCGUCGUGGCUGGCAGAGGGAGCAGCAGACCGUGCAACCUUUGAAGCUGCGUUGGGGGCGCACAUCAACGUUGUUGCCACGUCGUCAACCUGGCUAGCAGCUUCCAAUGGCAACCGUUCAAACGACUUGCCCGUGUGGGUGAUUGGUGCUGCGGUUGCGGGAACAUGCCUAGUAUGUGCGCUAGUGUACCUGACGCGACAGCGGCGACGGCGGCGGCAUCAACGGCCCCUCGUAUCUGGCCGCCAGUACGACAUGAGCAGCAUGGAUGUGGAUGGGUGUUCGUUGUCCACGCCACUGUCGGAGCGACGAUUCGCCGGCUCACACAUGGUGACGGCCCCCCACCUUCGGGUGGCGUACCUACCUGGGUUUGAGCAUUCGAAUUCGUCGGCGUGGGAGAGUGGAACGGAUAGCAGCGUGCUGCCGGGACCGCCCGUGGCGCCUCGGCCUUCUACAAGCUUGAGCACUCCAUCUUUUGGGGAAUACGCAGCGCUGGACGAUGCGCCGGUGGUUGAGCUGCCUGAGUACGCCGAGCCAGACGAGGUGUCUGCACCGGCUGUCAUCGUUCAUGACUUGCACGAAUACGAGUACGCGCCCUCGGGUGGGGCGUUGACACGACGGGCAACCCAGGUCGAGUAUGCCUAUGCCGAGUCCUUUGAGGCAUCGCGACCCUCAAGCGUCGCCACUGACAGUAUGUAUGAGACCCCAACACCGCGCGCAAGUAGCCAUGAUGGCACCAACGAGCACGAUCACUCGGCAGCUGAGUGUGCAGCCACCACCCCGGACAAUGGCAAUCCGCAUGCCGGCGAGGGAGACUUUGAUGAACCACUUUACCAGGAAGUCCCACCGCCGCUGCCGCUGCGUCAACCCGCGCUUUCCACUGUAGUCGAAGGGUUACUAUGCGAUGCAGGUUCACUUGAAGGAAUCAAUGUUGCUGUUGACGCUAGUCACGAGCAGUUAAGUGAGAGCCAGCAUGCGAGUUUGCGCGAUGUUCUCAGCCCAGCCGAAAGUGACCACACACAGCCAGAAAAGGACCAGCCGCUGAGCCAGAGAGACUGUUUCCUGCCUCCGACGUGUGCCUCCCCCCCUGUCCUGCGCUUCGAGCAGCCCUACGAUGAAGCCCAUCAGCCGAGUUUGAGCAUGCUAGAGGGCGACCCGAGUAGCUAG